GACCCUCUCUUGUAUUAGAACUCUGCCAGCAGAGGCAUCGUGAAAAUGGGAUCAUUUUCAUCUGCCUCUCUCUGCAACAGCAUCUCCCAUCUGGCUGUUAAGUAUCAAAGAAGCUUCCAGCACUACACCUAACCCUCGGUACUCCUCUUCCUUUUGGACAGUAUCUUUGGAAGGUACUCCCAUCACCCUCUAUUACUGUUGGCCCUAGUGAUCCUCCCAACUAUUUAGAAGAAGGUAAUAAUGCCUGUCUUGCAAGAAAUUUAGGCUGAUUACUUCACUGGGUGUUAUGCAAGAGGGAUUCUUCACUUUGUGUCAUGCAGUUUCACUCCUGAUGCUCAAGAUCAACGAGAAUCUCCAAUGGUGGAUAUAAGUGUAAAUUACUGAUCAAGAGAAGUCUUCAGUGGCUUCUGGACACGGCUUGGAUUUUUGAACUUUUAGGAAAUGAAUUUACCACGGAGAAGGCGGCUACAACGGAACCGAAUCCUUUUCUUGCUUGCCAUAGUGUUGACCCUCUCUCUUUAUCAGCUCCAGUUCAGCCCCUCUGCCCUUCCAGCACCACACACAUCACCCCAACCCACGGACCCUGUCAAAGUGACCUCCAGGGACCUCCCCAGCAACCAGACUGCCGUAACAAGCAAUGUCACAGCAACACCCAAAAUAAGGCACUGUGUGUAUGUGGAUACUGAGCCAACUGUGCCCAUCACUACAUCAGUAGAUACAACACCACAGCAAGAAAAUGUCAGUGAAAGCUACCCAGGUGGAAAGCCACCACAUGAAUCUAAAGGAGAAUAUCCCGAGGACCUGUUCAGUGUGGAAGAACGCAGGCAAGGGUGGGUUGUACUUCACAUCUUUGGCAUGACAUAUGUAUUUGUGGCCUUGGCCAUAGUGUGUGAUGAGUAUUUUGUCCCUGCUUUGGGAGUGAUCACAGAGAAGUUGCAGAUCUCUGAAGAUGUGGCUGGAGCCACCUUCAUGGCAGCAGGUGGAUCAGCACCAGAACUCUUCACCUCCCUCAUAGGUGUCUUCAUCUCACACAGCAAUGUGGGCAUCGGUACCAUUGUGGGCUCAGCAGUGUUUAAUAUCCUCUUUGUCAUUGGCACCUGUGCCCUCUUCUCAAGGGAGAUACUCCACCUGACAUGGUGGCCCUUAUUUAGAGACAUCUCAUUCUACAUUGUAGACUUACUGAUGCUCAUCCUGUUUUUCCUAGACAGUGUCAUUGAUUGGUGGGAAAGCCUCCUUUUACUGACUGCCUAUGCCACAUAUGUAUUCACUAUGAAACACAACGUGUACCUAGAACAAUGGGUGAAGCAGGAGCUGAACAAGAGGCUAAAUGCUGUGCAGGCAGCAUCAGCAGAGCAUAUACGGAAGAAAAGCAGUGAGACAGUUGCACAUGAUGGAGCAAAGAACCCAGCAGAUGUGAGGAAGCUGCAGCCUGCAUCUGCCUUACAGCGAGGCAGCAGCUCAGCCUCCCUGCACAACUCCCAAAUGCGCAGCACCAUCUUCCAACUCAUGAUCCACACCCUGGACCCCCUGGCAGAUGCAAAAUUUAAAGACAGGGUCGACAUCCUGAGCAACAUAGCCAAGGCCAAAGUAGAGACUCCGGCUGGACAAGGAGCAAAACCAGAAGGAGAAGAGGAAAAGAAGACACCAAGUGCUGUUCAGGUAACUCCUGCCAGCGACUCUGAACCCAGCAAGGACAAACAGAAGACAGAUGCGCCGCAAGACGGAAAGCCCCCUUCAGACAACGAUGCCUCAGAAGACAGCAGCUCUGACAGUGAGGAAGACAGUGAUGAUGACAGCACAGAUGAUGAUGAUGAUGAUGAUGAUAAUGAUGAGCCAUUAUCUCUUGAAUGGCCAGAAUCUAGGAAAAAACAAGCAAUUUACCUUUUCCUCUUUCCCAUUGUCUUCCCUCUCUGGAGCACUAUGCCUGAUGUUAGAAACCCAGACUCCAAAAAGUUCUUCGUGAUCACAUUUUUUGGAUCCAUCAUGUGGAUUGCUGUCUUCUCUUACCUCAUGGUGUGGUGGGCUCACCAGGUUGGUGAAACAAUUGGGAUAUCGGAGGAAAUUAUGGGAUUAACCAUACUGGCAGCAGGAACAUCAAUCCCUGACCUCAUCACCAGUGUCAUUGUGGCACGGAAAGGCUUAGGUGACAUGGCUGUCUCCAGUUCUGUAGGCAGCAAUAUCUUCGAUAUCACUGUUGGUUUGCCAGUUCCUUGGUUCCUUUUUUCUGUCUUCAACGGUCUCAGCCCUGUUGCAGUCAGCAGCAAUGGUUUGUUUUGUGCAAUUGUUCUCCUUUUUCUCAUGCUCCUAUUUGUGAUUAUUUCAAUUGCUGUAUGUAAAUGGAAAAUGAACAAAAUACUGGGGUUCACUAUGUUUGCUCUUUACUUCGUGUUUUUGAUCAUCAGUGUGAUGUUAGAAGACAGGAUAAUAUCCUGCCCAGUAUCUGUAUGACAUUUGGACACCUCAAGAGGUAUAUAAGCAUGUAUCAAAAUCAAAAGGGGUUUAAGGUAGCCAUUGUUCUACUGAAAAAAACCAACCAGAAUGAUAACAAGCUUACUGAGAAUAAAAUGUCUUUAACAUACUAAAAAAAAAAAAAAAGUCAUCUCAUGUGGUAUGUCAGCCUCUACUAUUUUUCUUUAGGAUCAGAAAAGAUCAGAUAAUGAUGUGACCAAUAUCAAAUAACAUGAUUAGGCAUUCAUGGAAAGGCUGGUAUGAUACAGAUGAGUGAAGUUUUCAGUCUGGCUGAUCCCCUCAAGUUAACGGAGCUGAUUUUCAGCACAGAAUAUUUACUCCUUAUAGAAAUAUUUUCAGGAACACACUCUAAAUUACUUCGUAAACUGCUCAAACCCACUGAAAUCAAUGAACUUCACUUCAGCAGGGUCAGACCUCUAUGGCUUGCCUUUACAGAACUACUCUGCUUAAAAUCAUUGUGCGACACCCACUCUGUACCUCAGAAGCAACCUCCCUCACAUCGCAUCUAAGCAACGAGCACAGUGGUUCCCGAGGUCUGUGCUGCAGCUAGCUUGCCAUGACCUCCCUAUGCAGAGGUAGUUUCAUCCUCUCAGUAAAUGCCACAAUAAAGCAUCCACAAUUGGUGCUCCACACAUACCUCCAGAAAAGCGUGGACACAAACAUGGGUUGUGCUUCGGAAAAAAUGCUUUUUGCUGGCCCUCUUAAGACUGAGAAAUACAAUGCUAAGGUUUCUGAGGAAAAUGCAAAGCAGUAAGAGUUAUUCUUGCAUGCAGAAACACACAGGAUUUGAGAGUUAAAGAGCAAUUCUGAAAGCCAUCCAUACAACUCCUUUUAAAUCUGUACCUGAUCUUGCAAUACAAUCCCUAAAACUUAUGGUAAGUGCCACCACACAAGUGUAAUGUCAUAUGGAUUGACAUCUUUCUGUAACAAGGCUAAAUGGAUCUGGGGUUAGAAUAGCACAGCACCACCAAUAAAAAGUAAGACCAGGAAUCAGAAACACUAUAACAAAAAGUUGAACAGCUUGAGUUUUGUUUUCAUCCUGACACUAAUGUCUGAAAUUUAAAGAUUAUUGUAUCCAGCACUAAUUCUUGUUAGCACUGUCUUCUACAGAACCACUAUGAAAAAAUGCCACUGACAUCAACUAUCAACAAACCUGAAAGGUUUAUUGUUAACAAUGCCUCAUGUGAGCAAACAAUGUAGUUAAGAGUUGCAGACAUUUCUGUCAUUCUAAUCCAUGUAAUAAAACGUAAAUGAAAAUAA